CUGCGGGAGCUUUGGAGCCGCACCGAGAAGGCCGAGCGGCGGCUGUUGGCCUUCGAGAACCUGGUGGGAGAGCUGGGCAGCAACCUGGCUGCGCUGGGCAACCUGCUGCAGGGCUACGGGCACCUCCAGCAGCGCCUGGACAACGUGGAGAACCUGCUGAAGAACAGGAACUUCUGGAUCCUGCGGCUGCCCCCCCGGCACCAGGGGCGAGGUGCCCAAGGUACCCGUCACAUUUGAUGACAUUGCCGUGUACUUCAACGAGCAGGAGUGGGAGAGACUGGACAGCUGGCAGAAGGAUCUGUACAAAGCUGUGAUGAGGGGUAACUACGAGACCCUCAUUUCCCUGGGUAAGGCACGGGCUCUGCUUCUCUCAGUGAGCUUCUCUUGUGUUUAACUCGGGCUGUUUCUCUCUUGUUCAGUGGGGCUGACUGCCCAUGGCUUGCAGAACCUGGGCAGCCAAUCAUUUUCCAUCCUUCCUGCUUGUUACCAGUAAACAAAACUUAUAAGUGAUAUGUAGUAAUAGUUAAUAGUAGUGAUAAUAAUGCAAACAGCAUCUAUUAUUUAAAAAAAAAAAUCCAUAUGUGAUGCUGUUCUUAAUGACUGUAUGAGAGGAUUCAGGAUGGUCAGGGAACCAUCAUGAUCUUCCAGCGCAGUUCAGGAAUUAUCUAGGUGAAGUCUGAUAAUUGCAUCUUGAAUGACGUUUUGUUUUCUGUCUUUUUAGCACUGAUGUAAAGCGACAGGGACAUUUGCACAUGCCUUGGUAAAGAACCAACUUAAUCAUGUUCAGUCCUUCUAAGGACAUUUGACAUGGUCUUGGAUGGUUUGGGCUAGAAGAUGUGUCUUAUCAGAAGCUGUUUCUUGGGCAACUGGUAGCGUGGUGGUCCAUGCAGUUACUGACAAUGAGACUUCACUUUUCUCAGUAGAGACUUCAUUUUUCUAGCACUACUCUGUAGAAACAGCAAACCUGUUCUUAAAAUGAUCCAUCUGACACAGCCGUCUCUAUGGAGCAGGAAUCUUUCUGUCCCUGCCUCAGAACUGAACUGAUCUGAUAGCAAUGGAUCAGCCAACUUCAAAUCACUGCUAAUGCUGAGACUGGAGGAAAAUGUUAAAUUCAGAGCCUCUCCUUUGAGGUUUGAGGUCACCGUCCAUUAUUUUGAUCUUUGCUGUACUUGAGCAACAGCUGUGCUGAUGUGUGAAUCCCACCACGGAACCACUGUUCUCCCUUGUGUCAGUGCAGACUAUGCUGUGUCCAAGCCUGACAUCCUGUCUCGAAUUGAGAGGGGUGAAGAGCUCUGUGUCAAAGACUGUUGGAAGCCCCCGCAGACGCUCGACCGAGGCGCUCCAGAACCCCCACAGACGGUCCAGGAUGGGCAGGAGCUCACGCAGACACACGGCCCAGGCAGUGAGGAACCUCUGCAGGCACACAUCCAAGGCAGGGAGGAACCCAUGCAGGGCUGCAGCAAAGACAGUGAGGAGCAGCUGAAGACACGCCUCAGAGAUGGUCAGGAGCCCACACAAACGUGCAUCAAUGGCCACAGUACCCUGCAGACGUGCAUCAAAGGUCGCCAGGAGGCCCUGCAGGCACCAGAAGAGAUGGACCAGAUGGAGGAGGCUUUGGGAAAAGAUGUCCGUGUGGAAGCUGACAGGGCAGAGUCUGCUGUGUCCAAUCCUGACAUCCCAUCCCAGACAGAUAAGAAUCAAGAGCUCUGUGUCCAAGACGCCCAGGAUCCCCCAGCGCCAUUUAUCCAAGACAGUCAGGAACCCCCACAAACACUGAAAGAGAUGGACCAGAAGAAAGAGGCUGUGGGAAAAGAAAAAGUCCAUUUGAAAGGUGGCACAAAAUUUCCCAGGGUGGUGAUGCAUGUUUUGUCCAUGAGUGCACAGAAAAAGGAGGUAAGCAGGGAAGAUCAUCCCGACUCAGAGGUGGAAGAUGACCCAGCAGAGUUUGGCUCUGAGGAAAUCUUUCUGUCAGAAAAUGAAAAGGCCUCUGAAGCGGCUUCUCGUCCUGUAAGCAUCAAGGUGAAAGAGGAAAGGCCCGUGGCCUCACAAGAGGCAUCUGCACCUUCUCCUGACCCCGAGGUCCAGAAGUGCCCAGGAGAGCAAGCCAAAGCCAAGAGCAAGAAGAAGCCGAGCAGGUAUGCGAGCAGCAGCCUGCUGAUGGGCGACUGCCGGCGCGGCUACGUGCGCGAGUGGUCGCACCCCUGCACCGAGUGCGGAAGGCGCUUCCGCCUGAAGAUCAACCUCAUCAUCCACCAGCGGAGCCACGCCAAGGAGGGGCCCUAUGAGUGCACGAUAUGCGAGAUCAGCUUCACUGACAAAAAAAGCUUGGUCCUUCACCAGGGCAUCCACACACAAGAGAGGGCCUUUGCGGCCAAGGUGUGGGGGAACACCCACCCGGAAUUGAGGAUGGGGCCGAGGAAGAAGCUCUGCAGGUCUCUUCAUGGCAGUGCCCAAAGCCUGGCUUACGGGACACGUGCAGGGGGGUCCUGGCUGGGCCAGGCCAAGGAGGAGCCAUCCAGACCCUAUUUGUCACAACAGCAAAUGCCUAGCGCUCAUCCAAGGAACGUGGUUAAAUGCAACCUUUGCAACAAGAGUCUCUCGUGCCCCUCUUCCCUCCAGCGUCACCUGAAGACCCACAAGCCGUACUGCUGCUCCACCUGCAAGAAAUGCUUCAGCCGCCAAACUCACCUGGUGCGCCACGAGCAAAUACACGAACGCCAGAAAGCCCUGGAGAACCAGCAGCCCAAAGCAGAGCAGCCCGCAGCAACGGCCGGCUGGCCCCAGCCAUAAGGAGCCCUGGAUGCCCGGCCAGAGCGCUGCUCACACGCUGAACCAGGCACUUGAGAAGUGCAGCCAGAGCUGUUCAGUGAAGGCACUCCUGGUGCUUGCUGCAGAACACAUACUCCCAGAUAAUCCUAGACUUGUGAUAUCCCAACUUGGAAGGCACCCUCCAGCGGCACCGGUUCCCAUUCAAGAACUGCCGCAUCCACUGCUGUGGUGGGAGCGCAAUCCGGCCUGCUGUGAAACUAGGAAAUAGGGUGGCAGUUUGGGAGGCAACAAACGACAACAGGAGAGAUUCCAAAUUGCUUGUUUCCCUAGGGAGAAACUGAGCAUCAGGACGGAUUUUUGCACACACUGGGAUGGUGUGCCAUCUAUCAGAUGGACUUCCCGUGGUUGCAGAAUGAAUCAAAGCCUGGAUGCCAUUAUGUAGAACAAAUUACGGAAGCCUCUGGUGAUACAAAAUGCUUUACUGUCCCUCAGUUUUGUGUCUGCUGGCUGAUGCAUGAAACUGUCCCAGACUGACCUCCCCACAUGAGCAGGUAUGUCUCCUGCAGCCCAGCAAAGGAAGUUGUAAGCGGCUGUUGAGCUCAGCUGUUAUUUGAUGCUGGAGCCAACCACUUUGUUUUGGAAACAGAAUUUAACAGUGAAGUGGAAGGACAGAAGGGCCUCAGACUGGAAAAUUAGAGUGAAUUCCCAAUGAGCUCUUCAUUUUGGUGACUGUUUCUUGGCCACGAUUGCCAGGUGGAGAACGGGGCACUUCUGAGAUCCCAUCAUGUCCUGGCCAUGCUCGUCUGAUAACCCAUCCUGCUGAUUAAAUCCACUGAACAUGAGAUCUGCUGGGGAACACCAGUCCAUUGAGCUGGAAGACAGGCAGAACAAGACAACCCGCGACUCUGCAGGGAUGCUGUGGGUCGGGUCCCAGCAGCAAUCUUCCCUUGAAGAAGGCCAGCCUUCAAGAUGGCUAAUAGCCUCUUAAAAGCUAAGAAUGCUUUUAAGAAAACUCUGCAGGUAGGAUUCCUCCUGUGCUGCAGCACAGCCUGCACAGGGACCCCCUUGCCUUGGAUGUGUUGGCUGACACAGAAUCACAGAAGCAUAGGGGUCAGGAGGGGCCUCUGGAGAUCCUGCAGUCCAACCCUCCUGCUAACACAGGUUCCCUAUGGUAGGUUGCAUAGGAAAGUGUCCAGGUGGGUCUUGCUAAGUCAGCUUCUCUGCACUGGAGUGUUCCCUCUGCUCAUCCCUGCUGUGCCCUGAAGCCAUGCACAACUCCUCUAUAACUAACCACGUGGAAGAAUAGUGACGCUAGCUACCUCAGCUGUCCCACAGAGAGGCAGCCUGGUAGGUGACAAAGCCAGGCCAGAGGGGCACUGGUGGCCCCAGGAACCACGUGAGCCACCAGAUGCUCUGCUGGGGAACACAAACCACGUGUAGAGAGAAGCCCUGCUGGCAUCGCCACGCAGGCCAAGCUGCUAGCACACUUGAGUUCUUUUUCUCCAUUUAAUUGUUUGAUGUGAUUACUUGAAAUUAUGAAGUGUGUGCCCCUCUCUGGGCAGGGUGUGUGGGGAACCAAUUACUUUAGAUUUUUCAUUCCUGGCCACCUGUUAAGGUCUGAAGGGCCACAAGGUGACAUUGCCUGGCCACAUCCUAUCGCACGCAUCCAUGGUGCACAGGACAGGGCUGGGCUGCACUGCUGUGCCCUGCUUUAAAUGCUCCAGGCCAUUCUCACGCUGUCCUGCACUUGUCCCCAGCACCAUGGCACUGUGAAGCUCCAUGAGACAGGGGUGGCUGCUGCCUUGCAGGCUGUGAGGUGAUGAUCUGGCAGCAAGCUCUGCUGCAGCGAGGGCUGAUAUUGGUUGUCCCUGCCCAGGUAACUGUCACAGUAAAUCCCUGCACUGCAGGGCAAGUCAGCUGCUGCAAUGGUGUCAUCACACACCUCUGAGUCUGGAGGCUGCGGGGAGGAGAUGGGCCUGGAGCAUUUGCUUUGUGAGUGGGACCAGUCUUUUGUAGGAAAUCUCUCAUCCCUUUCUCAGGCUGUGGAAUCAGUAAAAUGUUUUGUCUGUA